AUGGUUAGGGAGAACGAUCCUUUCUGUAUUGCAUUACAGGAAACCCACUUCCGUCCAGAGACAUUUUUCUCUCUUAGAAACUACAAUACUUACCGCAAGGAUGUCAUACCAGACCGCAGAGCACGAGGUGGUGUGGCCUUACUCGUAAAGCAGAAUAUCAUAGCGCAGGAACAGAGACUGGAUACGGAACUUCAAGCUGUCGCAGUUCGCAUCACAACGCCAUUUGCUGCUACAUUGUGUAGCUUAUACUUACCUGAUGGCGAUUGGCAUAUUGAUCAGUUGUACAGGCUUCUAUCAGAGCUUCCAAGACCAAUUAUUUUGAUGGGCGAUUUUAAUGCGCACUCACCUUUUUGGGGAUCUAUGCGCAGAGAUAUCCGGGGACGAACUAUAGAGGAAUACAUUGAUUCAUCGAACUUAGUUCUAUUGAACUCAGGAUCUCCUACACACUUCGAUAUCAGAACAGCUGGAUCCUCUGCUAUAGAUCUCUCACUAUGCUCACCACAACUGGCUACUAGAUUAUCCUGGAAGAUCAAGGCACUUGAAAGGAUUCAACUGGCAGCCCUAAGAGCGGUUACAGGGGCUUUUCGUACGAGUCCUUCAAGUGCCGUCCUCUGUGAUGCUGCAGCAAUACCCUUACAAUUAAGAGGUGAAAUGCAAACUGCCAUCUAUAUGACUAAAAUAAAAUCUCUUACCAGACAUAUUAACCUGAGUAUAUUGGAAAGCGAUAACGAACACACAAAUCGUCCAACGUAUACACGUCCAGCCAGAAUCCGUAGCCUUGAAUUCCAACAAGCGAACAACAUAUCAAUAAGGGAUGUGCUGCAGAGAGCCCCAUACGACACUCCACCUUGGACUAGGUCAAAGCCACAUAUUGAUAUUCGCCUUUCUGUAUUUCUUAAAAAUGAGACAGCACCCCAGGUGUAUCUCGCUCGUUUCAAACAAAUUACAGAUCACCUCCACGAUCAUCUCUUCAUAUACUCGGAUGGAUCUAAGAGCAGUACCGGAGUGGGAGCAUCAAUAGUAGUUAACAGUGUUUGCCACAUGUGGAGCCUGGAUCCGAUUUCAAGUAUUUUCACUGCAGAAUGUUAUGCCAUCUGGCAGGCACUUCUAUUCUUUGCAUUGUCAUCUAGCUUAGCGUGUUCGAUAGUAUCAGACUCUCUGAGUGUGAUCAGCUCCAUAGGAAAUAACUUCACCAAGGAUGAAAGAAUAAGUCGAAUCUUGAACUUAACCAGCUCACUAGAAAAUGACCAUAAAAAAGUCCGUUUCAUAUGGGUACCUAGUCAUGUGAAUAUUAUCGGCAAUGAAUUGGCUGAUGCAGCGGCAAAGCAAGCAGCCACCAUGCCACCGGAUGAAGGCAUUCCUACUCCGCUAUCUGACUAUGUAAAACACUUAAAAGACACUACAAAACAAGCAUGGCAGCACAAAUGGGACCUAUAUGACGGACACAUGAGAUCCGUCCAGACAAAAAAAUCUUUCGACCCUGAGGCAAAGAUAACCCCAAUGCAGGAUCUGGUUCGCCAAUGGAAAGACAAACCACUACAUGGUCGGUAUAGGAGCCGCAUAGAAGACAACGCCAUUGACACGAAGGCUUCCCAAGGAUGGUUGCAGUCAGGUAAUCUGUUCCUGGAGACGGAGGGCUUCAUAGCCUCCAUCCAGGAUCAGUACAAUAUGCAAAACAUAAAGCAAUGGAAUUGCAAUGGUUGUGUGUCUCAUGUGAAUGAACUUCGUGUGAUGGUUAGGGAGAACGAUCCUUUCUGUAUUGCAUUACAGGAAACCUACUUCCGUCCAGAGACAUCUUUCUCUCUUAGAAACUACAAUACUUACCGCAAGGAUGUCAUACCAGACCGCAGAGCACGAGGUGGUGUGGCCUUACUCGUAAAGCAGAAUAUCAUAGCGCAGGAACAGAGACUGGAUACGGAACUUCAAUGCUGUCGCAGUUCGCAUCACAACGCCAUUUGCUGCUACAUUGUGUAG